AUGUCCUCUAGAACACGUGAAGGAGUGCCUCGUCAUGAAGAUCCUGACGUUAAGAAGCAAUUGUUUCUUUACAACAACUUCUCUGCUACGCUAUGGGUUGUUGUACUCGGAAACACCAUCUUUCUCUCUUUGCUCUUGGGCCAACCAUUUCUUUUUGAGAAGUCUAGAAACAUACUUGUCGGUAUUCAGACAUUGGCUCUUUACGAGAUCUAUAACUCCUAUGUCGGUAAUGUGAGAUCUCCAGUGAUGACGACGUUGAUGCAAGUGUCGUCAAGAUUGCUCAUCGUCUGGGGUAUCUUUGUCGUGCUGCCAAACUCGCCAGCCAAUGUCCACUGGGCUUACAUCACCUUGAACGUUGCCUGGUCUAUCACGGAGAUUGUUAGAUACUUCUACUACGCGCAGGUGUUGGUUAGCAACGGUGAGGCCCCUUAUGUCUUAACAUGGUUGAGAUACAACUUGUUCUUCGUGCUGUACCCGCUGGGUGUCGGCAGUGAGCUGACCAUCAUCUAUAAGUCUUUGGACGAAGCUGCCUCUCAAGUGGGUGCUUGGUACAAGUACUUCCUCAUCAUUUGCAUGCUCACAUACAUCCCUGGGUUCCCAGUGCUCUUUGGACACAUGUUGAAGCAGAGAAAGAAGGUCAUGAAGGCGCUGAACGGUGAUUCCAAGAAGCAAAAGUGA